CAUUUCCGACUGCAUUUGAAAGCAGCACGUAGUCAGCACGCUGACAGACGCUGACUGGUUUUGCCGGCUCAGCAGCGGGCGGACAGGCUGCAGACUGAGCGGCACCCCUGGUUUCUAGGUAGCGGUCAGAUAGGAAGCCCGAAUCGACAUGAACACGGAGGAGACUCGGUUGGAGAUGAAGGACGCCGGGAGCAUCAGCGCCGAGCAGAAGGACGGGCCGGAUGCAGCGCUGGAUGCAGGGCUGGAUGCAGGGCAGGAUGCAGCGCAGGCCGCCGUGGAUGCUGAUGCCACCGAGGCUGAUGUGAGCGAGGCCGAUCUGGACCAGGAGGAGCAGGAGAAGCAGCCGAUGACCUCCGACGGAGGCCGGCCGGCCGACGCUCCGCCUGAAGGCAGGGAGGAGGUGGAGGCGGAGAAAAAUGGCUCCGUGAAGCUGAAGGUGCUGGAUGAGGCGGAGGAGACGUUCAUCGGGCUGAACAAGGAGGAGCUGCUGCGGGUGGCGGGGACUCCUGGCUGGGUGAGAACCCGCUGGGCGCUCCUGCUGGUGUUCUGGCUCGGCUGGUUGGGGAUGCUGGGGGGGGCCGUCCUGAUCCUCCUGCAGGCUCCUGCCUGCAGAGAGCUGCCAGCCACCAGCUGGUGGAACGAAGGCCCACUGUACCAGAUCGGAAACAUCCAAGCCUUCACUGACAAGCACAACCUGAAGGGCCUGGAGCAGAAGAUGAGCAGUUUAUCCCAGCUGAAGGUGAAAGGUUUGGUGGUUGGGCCGAUUCACGUUGCUCCACCUGAUGAUGCCGUUAGCCUGAGGUUUGAGGAGAUUUCACCUGAGGCUGGAAACCUUGAACAGUUUAAAGGUGUCAUCCAGGCUGCUCACCGAAAAGGCAUUUCCGUGGUUCUGGAUUUGACUCCUAACUAUCGGGGAUCUUCUGGACCCUGGUUCUCUGGCAACAGUGUAACAAGUGUAGCAGAGAGGCUGAAGUCUGCCCUGGUAUUCUGGCUGAAUGAAGGCGUGGAUGGAGUCCAGCUCUCAGGAGUGGAGCUGCUGGCCAACACGGCUCCGUCUCUCUGGGCUGACAUUCGGGCCAUUAUCCAGAAUGAGACCGACAGCGAGCCAAAAAGCAGGUCAAAAAGAGUCCUGCUUGGCAUCACAGGACACUCCUCCGCUGAAGAUGUGUCCGCCCUUCUUACCUCAACUGGAGUGGACCUUUUGAUGUCCAACGUGCUGACAUCAGGUGACCCGGAUCCCAGCCGCUACGCUAAGACCAUCCAGCUUCUGUACUCCAACCACAGUCAGACUAAGCUGGCCUGGAACCUGGGCGAUCGAGUUGCGGGUCACUUGGCCUCAUUAGUUGACCAAGCUCAUAUCCAGCUCUACCAGCUGCUGCUGCUGACCCUGCCAGGGACACCUGUCUUCAACUAUGGAGAUGAGAUUGGCCUGAUGGAUGGGGACUCUAAGUUUCCCAAGAUGCUUUGGGACUUUGAAGAGGAGCUGAAUGGGACUCUGCAGGAAGAGCGAGCUGAGCGGCUGUCAUUUCGCAAAUUCUUCUGCUCUGUGACCGAGCUGCGGGCUAAACAGCGCUCCCUCCGUUAUGGAGAUUUUCUCCUCCUCUCCAACUCCUCCUCGUCUUUGGUGUACCUGCGGGCCUGGGACCAGAAUGACCGUUACCUGGCUGCCUUUAACUGGGGGGCAGAGGGGGAGGUAGUGUUGCAGACGGACCACGCAGCGCUGCCCCGGCAUGCUGCAGUCGCCCUCAGCACCAACAGCAGCGCCCUGCCUCACGGCAGCAGCGUCGACCUGAUGAACCUGUGGCUGGGUCCGGGGCAGGCCGCUCUCAUCAAGCUUCCCCAAACUGGAUAGAAGAAAUGCUUACAAUGUUUCAUUUUCUCUAUUUCCUCAUUAAUGGUGUAAAAGGUAUUUCUAAAGCCCUAUUAAGACAGGCUCCUCCCAGAGGACGAGGUCUGAGAGCACUGAAUUAGGGCUAAGUUAUUGUUGUGCACACAUUGUGACUUUAGUUGUCUGCUACAUCACCGUUUCUCCACAGGAGAAGACACUUUGGGUCUGACAGUUCUGCUAUUGGAAAAGAUCUGUGAAGGUAGUUUCAACAGGAGCUGUUGUCUUAAUCUUUUUCAUAGUGCUUGCACAAAAAUCUACCUGAUGUUAAAGGGAAUGGCCUCUUGGUAUAUUAAAGAAGAAACAAGCCCUUCUUGGCCACGGCAAAACAAAAUAAGCUCAUGAGCUUAUUGUGAGUUGAUGAAGAGAAGACAAGGAGGAUGUAAAGGAUGAGCUUCACCCGAAACAUCUCAGCACUGUAUGGAAAAGGAGAAUCAGUUUUGGAAACUACUUGUCUUUCUCAGAACCCCUCUGAUCCUCUCACCCCAACCUCAGAUGAUACCAUAAGAAAAGAGAAAUUAAAAAUGGGAAAAUAAACUGAUAUCAACAGGGAUUUGAGAUUGAGUCCAUUAGCAAUGAAGGAUGCCGUCGAUUGAGUUGUUUGGUAAGCUGACCUUAUGACAUUAUGAUGAACUUUGUUGAACUAGAUAGUAAACAUGGCACUGGGAUAAUUUCCGACUGGCAUUGUAUAGACUAAGUUCAGCAGAUGGAGGAUGAUGAGAAGAGGAUGGAACAAUGCAUAAUGAGGAUGAGUGGAGUGAAAAUGGACAGGCCAAGGAUGAGGAAGAUGAGUAAGAAGGGAAGAAAUAGUACAUGUAAAGCAUAAAGAUGAUGAUGACAGGAAGUACUGUACAGGUACAGAAGAUGGGUGAGAUGCAGAGAUGAGGAAUGGGUGAAAGUCUGAGAGCAAAGGAGAGUGUGGUCAAGAGAAAAAGACGAACUACUACAUCAGGCCUGGGCAGGAAAUACGGAAAUCAUUUCAGCUCUGUCCUGUUACUGAUCGAACUGUAAGAAGCUUCUUUUCUUCUUCUUUGGUCCUGUUAUUCUAGGAGUGUUGUGUGUAAGCGGUAAACAUCCAUCUUGUCUGUCUCUGUGACACAUUGUGCACUUGUAUGAUGUAUUGUAUUCAGUGAAAAAAUAAAAAUAAAAACAUAAUGUGGUUUCAGGCAAACAUG